ACGCUUGUUGGAGCUUUGUGCCUCUCUGCCUCUUUGUGGGCUCCGCAGCCAUUUGAGGCGACUCGCGCAGCCUCUUUGAGCCGGUGUGCGGCGGCUUCGCAGCUGUUUGGGUACCAGUAGUGGCGGUCUCAAUGGUCCUGGUGUGCAGCUUCUCGAAAUUGUUGACAACCAGGGCCUGAAGGGUUACCACUCUCAGGGCUAAAUCUUUCAUCACGUUGUCCACAUGCCGCUAGUCGUUCAUCCUCUUGACCAGCUUAUUGGCCCGAGUACCCAGGUUUUUUAGCAGCUCUAAUGGGUCAGAGUGCGGUCGCUCCUUCUCUUUGCCAUCCGGGCCGGGCUUGAACAUGCUCGAGCCCUGAGCUUUCGCAGGUGCUGACGGUGGUGGGGAUCUGGUAAGGGCGUUGCGCCUACCAAAGACUGCGUCCUCAGUCAUCUUCUCUACCUGUGUGUUUGGUGUGUGAGGGGUGUUGUCCAUGUAAAAAGAAUCUCCACUCGAGUUCGUUAUUCCUGGCCGCAGUACGUAGUCACCGUGGUGAUCCCAUGGGUGUCUUUCCGUGGAGUGAGGUCCAUGCGAGAGUUGACCCUGGGCCUUAUGAGCACCAGGGUUCAGAGCCAGAUCGGUGCUAGUUGGGAUAUGAAUCAACCAAGCCUACGCAACCACCAUAGUGGGACGGCCAGGAAGCGUUAAACGAGGCCUGCCAAGGUUUUAACGAGACGGGGGCGGUGGAGACAUUAACCUAUGAGCCAUUUCAACAGAGGUUCAGCCUGCCUACUCAGGUCAUAGAAUGCCGACGCCGUCAGCCCACAGUCUAAUGUACGUAAGGGGGGUUCCAGUGGGUCGUACGUAACACCUUACUGGUCUCGGUGUUACGGGCGGUAUAGUACCUACCAAGGCGCCUAUGGCACCGAUGGGUUCACUAUAAAGGCUAUCCUGGGCCGGGAAUUUCAUCCAGACGAUAGUCGCUGGGGUUAUACCGCCCCUUCUCGGUAUCCAGCGCCCCGUUAAAGGGUACGCCGCCGUAGCGCUGGGGUUGGCAGGAGGACAGCUCCGGGACCCGUUGUGUACCCGAUGGCCUCAGAAAGCGCCGAUGUGCAGUGUGAGCCUCUAAAUAUCCCCAUCAGUUCCACUUUGCCACAUCCUAUAGACCCGUUGUGAGGGGGCCGAAAAGUCGUGGUAUACUUCUAGGAUGUAUGAUGCAGCGCCAUCUGCCGGUGCUCGUCUUCCUCUACGUGCUACGUAGCAGCGCCCUCUGACGGUGGGACACGCCUGCGAUGAGUAGGCUAUCGUCGUCUUGUAGCCCUGGUCAGCAGCUGUUGCUCUGAUCAGGAAAAUAGACAUACAGAAAAACGUGGAGCUCAUCCUAAAGAAGCUGAGGCAACUGGUGCAUUAUGUCGGGCCUUAAAACGGCCAACCUACGCAUACUCGCGCGGUGCAGGCAACUCAGUUGCCUGACAUGGUAACUCCGUCGCCAUCCAUCUUGAGCCGGUGAGAGGAGGAGAGAAACUCACCCCGGGAGCUUCCCAUGGCAGAUUGCUUUAAAAUCCUGAUUGACGACCUUCUUUGGUUUGGACACGGUCUGCUCGGGUCAGGAGUCCAGAGUAAAGCUCAGUAGGCAUCGCGCCCAUAGGCCAGUCACUUCACUCAGUGGCUGCUACCGCCGACGCGGAAGAAAAGAACCGCCAGCCUGGAUCGGAGGCGGGCACAACGAGGAGGAGCUCGACCUGCCCUGAUAGCCAGAACGGUACCUCGUCAGCCCAGGACCUAUUCCACCCUCGGCGGCUCCGCAGACACACGGAGCGCGGCGCAAACACAGGAGCAACGGACGCGCGACCGACCCGGGUUUUUUCAACUCAACUCCUGCCUCAGUACGUGUGCGUCUGUGGACACAGACGGAGAGAGGAAACUGCAGUUGGAGCGUCCUACAAAAUGUCACAGCGCAUGCUAACGCCAUAAGUUUCGGUCCGAGCGACGGACACUGGCUUGGACAGGAACCAUGACGCAGUGGGUCAUUAAGUGUUCACCUGAAAAGGGCAGGCAGCACGCCUGCCUGCAUGCUGGUGGUGCCUGCUGCAGCUGCAUGCAACGGCAACAUCCGCAGCAGGAGCCGUUCGAGCUGCUGAACUUUCGGUAAUGGCGGCCCGCACUCGAGGGGAACCGCUUCAAGUGGGCUAAUCUAUUAGGGCUCCGCCGCUGCCUCCGUGAGGACGAGGAGGCGGUUGUUGUCAUCGCCUCAAGGACGUUCGCGAGUCGGCCAAAUUAGGAUACUUGAGAAAAACCACACUACAGUCACGUUUCAUUGGCCUCUCUGUGCAGAAAUUGUUGCAUGUCUGCUCCGGCCUGCCCCAUCCCUGCAUAUGUUGUCUCGAGCACGUCCUUAGUGUUAUGACGAUUGCAAUGGCAACCGCGAUGGCAUCCAAAGUAAAGCAAAUGCCAAACUAGCGACCCAAGCAAACAACCAAACAAACAAACAGGCACACAGACAGACAGACACCGAGGUGGGGGCAGAGACGGACUCUCAGAGCCAGACGGAGGUGGACGCGGCUGCAUAAUGUGCGGCAAGGCAACAACGCCACGACAACUACAAGCGGCGACAGCAACAGGUUCCUUAUUUUUAGUAGUCGUUUGAGACUUAAUUGUUGGCUCUCUGCCGUUUUGUCGUUCUUGUACAAAAGAUUGUGUACCCGAAGCGAGUUCCUCGGCCAAGUGGCUGCACUCGCACUCCCUUCCUGCAUUGCGAGAGCGAUGCCCAAGAGCUCCAUCCCAAGAACUUUGUGCAUUUUAUAAUGGAACCUGGAGCUUGCAACUGAACUCAUCUCAUCCUCUUUUUUGCGCGUGCGUCUUUUAUCCUCAGCUUUGGCCGUUCUCCAUCGCCUGGUCAUGCCUCAUCACCAUCAAACGAACAGCCACAACAAUUUGACAUUUUUAAAAUCAAAUUACAAAUUCAAACGCAGAGAAAUGCCGACGAUCCGCGCACUUCCUGUUGCAUCAGCGGAAGCGCGUACACCACCGAACCAAUUAGCGGCAACAAUGUCAAAGACGUCAGCAGCAUCAGAAUCGGCCGCAACGUCAGUGCCAUCGACAUCGACGACAACUACUAGCCACAAAAGUAGAUCAAUUCUAAGUUUAUUUAUAGUAAUCGCAUGGAACUCUCUGCAAGAAUUGGCCAGUGACGGGAAUGACGAUGGCUGUGUCAGGGCUGCUGGCGACCAUGGCCGUGACGUCAAUGCGGACCGAGUGAGACAUAGACGCACGCCCGGUACUCGCGAUCCAAGUGACGAGGUGUCAAUGGCACGUGAACACCAUAAGCAGCAAGGCAAACAGAAACCCCUAUCUGGUUCUAGUCCACAUCGGAGGAGGAGCCGCCUGCGAGCCACUUCUCAAGCGGUGUCGAUGGCUCUGUUUGCUUUCGGAUUGCUGCUACUGAAUAUGCGGCCGGCGGCGGCCGGCACCUGCUGGCAGACCUACCUGGGCAGCGGCAAGUGCAGCCAGAUAUUCUCCACGAACAUCACCAAGUCGGAAUGCUGUGGCGACAGCCAGACCUUCUCCUACACCGAUCGCGAGCUGAGCAGCGUGGAGUACUUCUUUGCGACGGCCAUCGGAGGCGGCGUCGAGUGCGCUCCGUGCAUUGAGAACUGUAAGGGUUUCAAAUGUGGGCCAAACAAAAAGUGCGUCAAGCGCAAGGGAAGGCCCAAGUGCGUCUGUGCCCCCGAGUGCGGGGCAGCGCUGCGUCGAAGACAACACCAGAAGCUAUGGAAGAUAGUAAUAGUACCACCACCGCGCGGCUCACGUAGUCUAAGUGGCGAAAUUUUCAACAACAACCCCAUCGCUGACAACCAAAGAAAGCAUCAACAGCGCCACCGCCUGCACGAACACGAACACGAACAAACCCAAGAAAUGCAACAGAUGCUACGGCGCCAGAGUCACAAAAAGGCGCAGGGCGAGACGAAGUACAGAAGACUUUUGAUUAUAGACAGCAGCAGCAGCAGCAGCAACAGCAAUUCGCAAGAGCUGCCCACGGCCAGUCGGAGCGGCGGCAGAGUGGAAAUGACGGGCUAUGAGAGGCGCAUACACAGAAAUAACCAAGGCAAACACUUUACAAGAUCAAUGACGACAGGAGCCAAUGACUCGUCCAAAGCAGACAAGACGCCUGCACAAGCGACGCUCUCUGUCUCAGUCUCGACUCCAGCUCCAGCUCCGGCUUCGGCUUCGGCACAGUCUAGACACAAGUUUGCAAAUGCUAAUGAACCCGCCAACGACAGUAAUAGACAGUACCAGAAGCUAGACAAUGCCAGACACCAGAAAGCCACAACCAGCACCAGCACCAGACGUAUUGAGCAUGCCCAAAAUCAUGACAAUGGGCAGCGGGAGCCGCGCAGGCACAGGCGGCCCAAACACAGGCCCGGCAAGGAUCAUGAACAGCACGAACAGCGCUUUGGAGCGGCAGUUAACCCGGCAGAAGUGGCUGAGACAGAAGCAGAAGCUGAUACGAGCACCGCAGCAGCAUCUACGCUGGCAGCGAAUACCACAAUGUCUGGGGCACAUGCGCAGCGUCGUCUGUACCUGGAGGAACACGGAAGUGAAAUGACUGCGUCAUCGGCAGCUGCUGCGGCAGCGACUGCGGUUGCGGACAGCCAUAGCAUCAGCAUCAGCCAUGGCCACUUGGCUAAUGCCGGUGACUUGGCUUUUCUGGGUGAAAUUUAUGAGCCUGUGCUGAUGCAGCAGCACCAGCAGCAGCACAAGAAUCCGGUUUGCGGCACCGACGGACGCACCUACAAUACCGAAUGCCAGCUACGGAAGCGCGCCUGCCGCACAAGCAACGCCCAACUGGAGGUCGCCUAUCGGGGGCACUGCAAGAGCAGCUGUAGAGGCGUCCAGUGCUUGAAUGGCUUAACCUGCCUAGAGGAUCAGUACCUGACCCCGCACUGCAUUCCCUGCAAAAUCGAGUGUCCCCGGGAAGAGGAGGAGGAGCAGCAGCAGGCAGUGUGCGGUGUCGACGGCAAGACAUACAGGAGCCUUUGUGAUAUAAAUCGAAUGAUUUGCAAAACUGGACGUUCCAUCGCCGUGGCAUAUUCGGGACCCUGUCGUGCGGACCGCGUGAGCUGUGCUGACCUCAUAUGUGGCCCGAAGGAUACUUGCUUGGUGGAUCUGGAGACGCGUCUGCCGCGUUGCGUGUCCUGUCGGUACAAUUGCCCGAAGCAGCGACCGGUGCCCAAAAUAUGCGGAUUCAACAACCACACAUACAGUUCAUGGUGCGAGGUAUAUCAGCACUCCUGCAGCACCGGGUUCUUCAUAGGUAUCAAGGCCGCGGGGAGCUGUUAGAGAGAAGCUGCUGCGAAGCAUCUACGUAUUAAUAUCAUUAGCAAAUGACAUAGAAGGCGUUAUGGGGGGAGGUAGCUGUCGCGCAUUUCUGCGCUGUGUACUUCCACAGUUCCAGCAUCCAAAGAUUCUCGUUGAGCGUUUCGUGUUGUAAGCGGUGGAUGGCCUAAGGUGGUUGGCAAACCGUCCAAACUGUCCACUAAAUAAUAUCGAACACACUUUCAUAAUGCAAAGUAUUAUCAACCAUACGCCAUUACGUAUUGCAAGCUCUCUUAUCCGACAUAUGUAUGUAUAUUGCAAGAGAAACCACAUAUCUUAAGAGGCUUUUGUAUUUAACAUUAACAUAGGCUACUUCAUAAUUAAUUUAAACGAUUGAUUUUCGUGCGCAAUUCACUCGCAUUUAGUUUAGCCACACGCGUAGCCGACCGACGUCAUAUUUAUUUAACAUUACCAUUUUCUACUUUUUUUUAAAAUCGAAGCUAAUUUAAUUAAUUGACUGAUAGCUUAACCGUAUAGAAAGAUUUUUAAUUAAUACUAUACACAUAUACAUAAAUACAUACAUAAAUGUAAAUCAAUAAGUAUAUGCACACAUAAUCCACACAUACCUAUGCAUAUGUUUGAGCAAUUGUUAAUUAAAUGUGUUUCCAUCUUAAAA